UGAUCCGGUGCGGAUUUUUGGGACCUAGGUCUAGGCGCACCCCUUUAGGCGAACCGUCCCUAGUUAUCUCUUGUCUAAUCUCUGCCUACAUUUGCAUGCAAUUAAUUAGUUUACCUAUGCAUGUUAAAUAGUCAUGCAUUAAUUUAUGGAAAGUGUUAUCUACCGUUGGACAGAGGAUCACGUUAAUUAUAGAGAGUAUCAUUCUUCGGACGUGAGAAUCACAUUAAUUAUGUGAAGUACUAUCAUUGAGCAUUAGACGGGAGGAUCAUGUUAAUUAUGGAGAGAAUAUCAUUUCCUGAACGGGAGGAUCACUAAUAGCCCUGAAGAUAGAAGGAAUUAAUGCACCGAUUCUGUAGGAGAUAAUUUACUUACCGAACAACCUCACGACCUUAAUUUUGUUAAGAUAAAAAAUAACACUGGUAAGAUAUUGCAUAUCAUCUCGGGAUCUCUGUAUGUAUGAGCCGGGAGCUCUAUAUGUAGCUGGCCAAGCUACCCUAAUCAAUCUUCAUCACAUCAAAGACUACUCCUACAUUACAGGCAUGGCGUCCAAGGCCUGCAUCCUGGUCCUGCUCUUCGUUGCAGCUCUUCUCCAUACAGGUCAUGCUAUUGGCGACGCCGGGCCGUGCCAACUGGAGGACAUCCGCGUCUCGUCGGUGUUGACGGGGCGGCUGGUCCGGAAUGUGCCGGAGUACAGCGUGACGGUGGAGAACACGUGCUCGUGCCCGCAGGGGGCCGUGGUGAUGUACUGCAACCUCGGCGAGGUGAACGCGGUGAUCCCGGACACGACCAAGCUCCGCCUGCUCAGCCGAAAGCAAGGGCACUGCCUCAUCAACAGCGGCUGGCUGAUCUUCAAGGACAAGCCCAUAACGUUCACCUACGCCGCCAAGACGCAGCUCGACUUCACCCUCGAUAACGCCUCGCCGGAGUGCCUGGUGUGAUCGUAGCUUUUUUUUACGCAAACACACGCAACGUUAUUACUUGGAAGCAAGAAUGUUUAAAGGUACAGAAAUAGGGUCGUAGGAAUGACCAGGCCAAAUAUGGCGUCUUGUACCUAAAGACGACGUGUCCUUUGCAAGGCCAUGGACCUUGAAAUUAAAGUUUGUACGCUCAUGAAUAAAAAAGGCAACUGUCAAAAGAUGAUUUCUACUC